UGAGAGUGUAAAGUGAAAUAAAGCUCGACAAAGAGCCAUCGCGUAGGGAUGGUGUCCAACAGAACCUAGGGUCCAUCGUAGACGAUGCAGCGUCUAUAUCAGCAGCCUCUUCGCAAGGAUGCGCAAGACACUACUCCUUGUUUUUAUCCAUGGCUUCAAGGGUGGCGAUGAUACCUUUGCUGUGUUUCCGGAACAUCUGCGAGCGCUCGUGAGCCAUGCCCUUCCGAAUAUCGAUGUUGUCACCGCUACAUAUCCCAAAUUCGAGACCCGAGGCGAGUUGAGAGACUGUGUGGCUCGCCUUCGAGAAUGGCUACAAAACAAGGUCAUCGACCUAGAGGUUGCUCGCUCGACCCCGUCCCCGACCGUGGAUCCUUCAGUCCAUGUCAUGCUGAUCGGCCACUCGAUGGGAGGCAUCGUCGCGGCUGAGACAUACCUGCUACUCGCCAGUGAGCAACCCAUUCCAGCGCGGUCUUCUGCGCACAAUCCCGAAAGGCCGAAUUUUCCUUCCAACACGACACUGGGUUCGACAACAUCCACUUCCCAUCCGGCACCACCGCAUCAUGAGCCAGAUACGACGCCUUACAGCUUCAUGUUUCCGCACAUCCAAGGCAUCCUGGCUUUUGAUACUCCUUUCCUUGGGUUGGCCCCGGGAAUGGUUGCCCACGGACUCGAGGGUGGGCACAAGGUUGUCGCCAAUGCCUACAACACCUACUCUGAAGUUGCCUCCAUGUUUGGCUGGGGUUCCAAGUCCGAACCCAACGUCUCAUCAACCUCAUCCGCCUCUGGAACCAAGUCAAUCGGCGCCCUGCCAGCACCCGCUUCCUCUUCCACGGAAGACGCGGCAGCCGCCCCCAAAUGGCAAGCUUGGGGGAAGUAUGCAAUGUUCGCCGGUGCGGCUGGCGCUGUGGUUGCAGGCGGUGCUGCGGCUUUGUACUCACAACGAGAGAAACUUAGUGCUGGUUGGAAAUGGGCCAGCGACCACUUGUUGUUUGUAGGAGAGCUGUUCAAGCCGGAGCAUCUGCGUAGACGGGUUGAAUCUCUGGAGCUGGAAUGUAAAGAACGUGGCGCUGGAUGUGCGAACCUUUACACCAACCUUGGGAAAGGGGCCAGUGGCGGAUAUGGUAUCACGGAAACUUUGGCAGGGAAGGAGAGGACGUUUUGCAAUCUGCCCGUGCACGUCAGUCGAGAUCGAAAAGAAGGCAAAGAAGCCGCGCGCGACGAAACAGGCGGAUUUAGAUGGAUCAAGGCUGUCAACGACAAAGCUUCCGACGAGACUACGGCGCAUGUGUCCAUGUUCAUUCCACGAGAUAACCCGGGAUUCUACGCCCUGGGAGAACAUGCCAAAGAGUACAUCGCUCGGUGGGUUGAUCAAGGCUGGUACCGCGCCAGCAAUGGACCGACAUUCCUGAAACCCGAGCCCAGUCGCGUGGGAUUGGGCGAAUCACCGGACGGCGGGUGGGUGAAACCUGACGCCGACGAAAUCAGAGCCCGAGAGAGAGCAAGGGAUCGCUAUGGCAACGCCUACAAGCAUCCCGACGCCAACGCCGAUGUCGACCCCGAAGGGAACCUAGGUAAGGACUGGGACUCUCUCGAUCUUCACCGUGGUAAGGACGGUGUUGACGACCUGCUAGAUGAUGAGGACCUGAGGAUGAGAGACGAGGACGAAGAACUUGAGGGAAGCGUGAUUGUUGAGAAAAAGGCGGCGAAUGGAGAGGUGCCGCUGCCCAAAUCGAGAAGCAAUACUGGAGUGUGAAGAUUCGAUAGAGGAUUUCCCCUACUUCUAUAAAAGGGACAGCGGCCGACACAUUGAGACGGCCAUGGGACGAGACACAUGACUUAGCACGACACGACACGACGAGCUCAAAUUGGCGAUAGCAGGACUACGCCUACCAUCUGGACCAGAAAGCACUUUACACGUCGAGGUGGGGCAUGGUUUUUUUUUUGUAAGGCAGUGUUACCGGGGUGAGCUCUCAUCCAUAGAGAUCGAGCUGAAUAGGUGGUGCAGGACUGGUAUUUCACACGCAGGUAGCGGCCUGCAAAGACAAGACGACCACGACUGCUUGAUGCCGCCCACCGAAGUCACCAAACCAUCAUGUCGACACAAGGCUCAGCCUCUCUUGCGGCUGCGGCGUGUUGGCUCAUCGGGGGCUGCUAGAACUUUGUUGGAACCACAACGGUCCUUUUGACAGAAUCAUAACAGAAACUGAAUCCUCCCAGGGAAUAAUCGACGUCUUCCGCCGACUCGAAGGUGAAACUCAUAUUGCGUGGAUUGAGAAUUUGGCAAGACCAGAAAAAUGUCAAGUUGAUGGCCUGAGAAAGAGGAGUACUCGCCAGAACGCCGCAACGGGUCUGCACUUUGCGUGCGCGCAGCCUUGCUGAAUCUUCAUCUCCUCGGGUGUA